UAUAAAUACCCCCACCUAAAGUCCCAUAAGAUCCAUCACAUCUACAAUACAACACACAUCCCAGUGGUUUAGUUCACAGCCUAUAUUGCCAUUCCAGUCUUUCUCAGUUUCUCCUCUCUUAAAACUCUCUUUCAUACAAGCAAAAAUGAAGCUUGUUUUCGCAGCUUUGCUUAUUGUUUCACUGCUUCUGAGCUCCUCUUUCUUCCAAGCCACCAUGGCUCAGGCUACCCCCCCAAGUGGUUAUCCCUGCGAUUCCAAGUGCACAGACAGGUGCUCCAAGGCGGGAGAAAAGAAACGUUGCCUGACAGACUGCGGGGUCUGCUGCAAGAAGUGCGAAUGUGUUCCGUCAGGGACUUUCGGAAACAAGUCAGAGUGCCCUUGUUACAGAGACAUGCUCAACUCCAAGGGCACAUCCAAGUGCCCUUAAAGAGAGAGAGAUACUUGUUCACUCCCCCAUUUCCCCACUUUUGUCUCUUACUUUCAUCUUAGUUCUAGCUAGCUAUUGAUUGAUUGUUUAAUAAGUUUGGGUUAGUAAUAAGGAAGUGCUUUUUCUCUCUUUUGAGAGCCAAAAAUGAAUAUGAUAAAUUAUUUAUUUAUCCACAAAAAAAAAAAAAAAAUUGAAUAUGAGAAAUUUUACUGUCAAAAUUGAGAAAAAAGUGUAUCCUAAAAGCUAACCGAAAGAAUGCCGGUGUAGGUAUAUGAUUUAUGUUCGUCUCAAGCUUAUGUGGCUGGUAAUUAAAUUUGGGAGUCAUUGCUGAUUCUGUGUAUUUUUUCUGUGGACGUAAUAAAACUUUUUCGUAUUAUGGUGUUAA